AUGUCAAAUAAUACAUAUAAGAUUGAGUAUGCAAAGUCGGGUAGAUCAUCAUGUAAAGCAAAGCAAUGUAAGGGUAACAUACCAAAGGAAACAAUAAGAAUUGCAAAGGUGUACCCUUCUGCAAGGUUCGAGGAUGAUGGAACUGCAGUCGACUAUUUCCACCCGCAAUGUCUUUUUGAUUCUCAAGUUAGAGCAAGAAAGACAACGAAAAAGGUUGAGGAAAUCGAAGAUUUAGAGGGUUUCGAAGAGCUUUCUAAAAAGGAUCAGGCUGCUAUCAAACAAAUGUUACAAGAUCAUUUAGAUCUGAAAUCAGGUAAAGGCAAAAAGAAAACAACGACAAAGAAACCUAAAAAAGAUAAAGAGCCUAAACAAAAGAAGUUUGAAGAUUUUAUGUUUCAUGGAAGCGAUAAUGAGGGUGAAAAGAAAUCAUCUUCUUCUCACACCGCUUCGGCGAAUACCUCUGGAGACACAGGUAUUACAACACAACCCAAGCAAAUCGAUGUCAAGCAUGCAUUGUCUUCAAGAUGGAGUAAAUCAUUCGACCCAGAAUUUUUAUCUAAAUUUGGAUUCGAUCAAUUUUUAGGAAAGAAAAGAAAUAGCAGUCACCUUCCAAAUAAUAAUAUGGUUUUCUCAGCAUUGAAUUCGGUGCCAACACCAAGCGAUGUGUCUGUUGUGAUAUUGGGACAAUCGCCUAUUCCAAAGCGAGAGAGUGCCAGUGGAUUUUCAUAUUGUGAUGGCGCCGCACAAUCUUGGCGAUUAGACAAGUGUAAGGCCACUACACGUAAUUUUAUAAAGGCAGCAUUGCUCUCGAAAGGUUGGAUAUCAAAGAGCGACGAUGUUGAAACUGUUCAAGAGGCACUCAAAGAAAUCGAUCUGCCAUCCGAUGCCGCUAAAGAUUGGUUCAAGGCAACUGCCAGACAAGGUGUACUUUGGCUCAACACCACCAUGACAUGCACAGAAGACAAAGAAGACGAUAGAAAACCACACGAACAAAUCUGGUCUCCAUUCAUCGAGGAGGUCAUCAGAGUGAUAUUCAAUUCCAAGGUUAAUGACUCAACAUCGGACAUUAAAGGAAUUGUAUUUCUGCUACUUGGAAAACAUUUCAAUGGUUGGAAACAAACUAUUGAAAAGGUGCAUUCCGAAAUCAUGGGUAUCGUUCCAAUUGAAUUUAUUGAAGGAAACAGUCCAGUUUUAGAAACAUUCCACAAUACCAAUUAUCUUGUCCAAACAAACAGCAUGUUGAGCAAAAUGUCAACACCGGAAAUCGAUUGGUUCCCAUCUUCUCAGACCGAUGACGAUUACGAAGACGAAGACGAAGAGGAAGAAGAAGAAGAAGAGGAGUCGGCCACUGCCGCAUCGUCAGCCACCGACCGAUCAAAGACAACAUCCUCACCUCCACCAAAGAAAUCAAGUGUUUUAGCAUUUGACGAGGAUGAUAUGUUUGAUACCAAGGAUACCAGAGAUGAGGGUAACAGUGGUAGUAUUGGCACCAAUACAGAGAUUGGAGAUGACUUUGCCUUGCUUGUUCAAGAAGAUGGUACGAAAAUCAAGAUGUCAGAUGGCGAAGAUCUCACCCUUGGUCGACAAUCUUUACAGAUUAGAGAUUUAUUGGCUCAUAUGAACACCAGCAAACCAGUCAAUAAGAAAUCCACCUCCACUACCACCACACCAUCCACAUCAACAAAAAAAUCAAAGUCGCCACCAGCUGAUGAUUCAUUUGAUGCCAUUGAGAAGAAAGAUUUAGAGUUUGCCAAAAAGCUACAGGAAGAAGAAGAAAAGAUGUUCCAAUCGAAAGGAAACAGUGAUGAUGAAUCCAGUAAAAAAAGAAAGAAACCAACAAAGAAAGAGACCAAACCAAAACCAAAGAAGAAAGUAAAGAAGAAUGAAGACGACUAUGAUGAUGAGGAUAUAUAUGGCUUUGAUGAUGACGAUGAUGAGGAUUAUGUUCCAGAUGAACAAGAUGACGAUGAUGAUUAUGUGCCACCAAAAACACGUUCACAAUCAAAACCCAAGUGCAAAUAUUGGGAUACUUGCUACAGAACAAAUCCUCAACAUUUGGCAGAAUUCUUACACCCCAAAUAA